AUGGAUCGCAAUAGACUCAACAGCAUUGGCUUCAAACAGUACAGAUACAAUGGCAACUACACGCGUGAGCAGAUUGCCGACAUCGCUCAGAAGUACAGCAACGCCUUCUACAACAAGGGCGCCAAUCCAAACACACGAGUUGAAGUUGUACUGAGAUAUCCAGGUAAUCAAUUUAGAUCAGGCAGAUUCACAAAGGUAGGUGAGCGCAUUGACAUGUUCCAUCCUCAUGACUACGACGGUGCACCAAUUGACGAACCUGACACAUUCCAAUCAUUCAGCAUAUUCGUACAGAAGGCCAAUCCCAAAGCAGGUGGAUGUAGUAGUGAAUGGAACAACUGCCUAUAUCACUGUGUCAAACAAUGUUACCCAGACAUUGUCAACACUUGCAAUGCACCACUGCGUCUGAAGAAGUACCUCAAUCUCGACGCCAAGGACCCUGUCCCAAUCAAUAUGCUGUCGACAGUUGAGGACAAGUUCAAGGUGCGUAUAUAUGUUCGAGGUGAUCACAUCUACACAUCGACCAAGACGUUCCCGAGAGAGAUCAGACUCAAGCUAACCAAUGGUCACUACACACUCGAUAAGACAGAUGUGUACCAAACCAAGGGUAUAGCAAUCAAGAAGCAGGAUAGAGUGAUGAAGCCUGUAGCAUUCAAAUACGCAAGCGACGAUGAUCAUGUCAUCAUAUAUGAUGGUGCUACUCAGAGCACGAUGAGCAGAGAACAGUUUAUCAGAGAGAAGAGCAGGAUCAAGUUCGAGUCCAAUUAUCAGUUCAUAUACUCAGAGGAAGGAAAGACACUCGAACAAACACUACAAUCAUUCAUCACCGAUGCUGAUGCACUCAAACAAGGUACGAAUGGAAUCAUCGACAUGUACUACACUGGCCACAACAUCAACAAGGCAGCCAUCUCACACUUCCUCUCCUACAACAAAGCAGUGUAUCCAGAACACAUACAACAAGAUGAAGGCGAGUGGAUAUCCAAAGCAUCAUGCGGACCAUUGAUGUUUGCUGUUGAAGGUGGCUACACUGGUCCUCUCUACAAGUAUGACGUAUGCAAGAUGUACGCCGCGAUACUUAAGAGCAGUAACUUUAUGAUUCCAAUCAAGCGGGGCGAGUUCAAACAACUGACUGACGAUGACAUCAAGCGAGCUCCACCAUUCGCACUAGCGACAGAACUUGGAUUGACGUACACACUCAAACAGGAUGGCAAACACAAUGCACUACUCUAUGGUCCGGAGUGUAGAAUGUACUCUGUGACAUUGUUUGGUAAAUACAUCGAUCAAGUGCUUGGAUGGAUCAAGGAUGGAGUCCCACGAUCAAAGGAACUCUAUCAACGUCUUUGGGGUGCACUGUCCAAGCGCAACGAGGUCAAGAAGCACGUCAAGCCAAUCAGGGAAGAGGAGUCAACGCCGACAUAUAACGUCACGCUUCCAGACAACUUUUCAAUCGACAAGAUCACACCGACAGCGAAUGGCAACGUGAUGGUCAAGGCAGUGAGCAAUACAGACAUGUUCGACACUCCUCGGGCGCGUAUCAUGCCUUUCAUUAUAUUAUAA